GUCCAAGAGUGUUAUGAGCUAUCGGCAGAGUAUGAAGGGAAGCAUGAUCCUAGGAAGCUGGAUGAGCUGGGGGAUGUGCUGACAAGUUUGGAUCCAGGUGACUCCAUCGUGGUCACCAAGUCAUUCUCACACAUGCUUAACUUGGCCAACUUGGCUGAGGAGGUCCAGAUUGCCUACCGUAGGAGAAUCAAGCUGAAAAAGGGAUAUUUUGCUGAUGAAAAUUGUGCAACUACUGAAUCAGACAUUGAAGAGACCCUUAAAAGGCUCGUGGUGCAGCUGAAGAAGUCCCCAGCAGAGGUCUUUGAUGCUUUGAAGAACCAGACAGUUGAUCUGGUUUUGACUGCACACCCGACUCAGUCAGUCAGGAGAUCACUGCUCCAAAAGCAUGCAAGGAUAAGGAAUUGUUUGGCACAAUUGUAUGCGAAGGAUAUUACUCCUGAUGACAAGCAGGAGCUUGAUGAGGCUCUUCAGAGGGAGAUUCAAGCUGCCUUUAGAACAGAUGAGAUACGAAGAACUCCUCCCACUCCUCAAGAUGAAAUGCGGGCUGGAAUGAGCUAUUUUCAUGAGACAAUAUGGAAAGGUGUCCCAAAGUUCUUACGUCGGGUUGAUACAGCUCUGAAAAACAUUGGAAUAAAUGAACGUGUGCCUUAUAAUGCCCCUCUUAUUCAGUUUUCUUCUUGGAUGGGUGGGGAUCGUGAUGGAAAUCCUAGAGUGACUCCAGAAGUAACAAGGGAUGUAUGCUUGUUGGCUCGAAUGAUGGCUGCAAAUCUGUACUAUUCCCAAAUAGAAGAUCUAAUGUUUGAGCUUUCUAUGUGGCGCUGCAAUGAUGAACUCCGAAUACAGGCGGAUGAGCUGCACCGCUCCUCCAAAAAAGAUGCUGCAAAACAUUAUAUAGAGUUUUGGAAACAAGUUCCUCCAAAUGAGCCUUACCGUGUUAUACUUAGUGAUGUCAGAGAUAAGCUAUACAAUACACGUGAGCGGUCCCGCCAUUUAUUGUCGAAUGGAUAUUCAGAUAUCCCUGAGGAAGCAACUUUCACCAAUGUUGAACAGUUCCUGGAGCCUCUUGAGCUAUGUUACAGAUCUCUCUGUGCUUGUGGUGAUAGACCAAUUGCUGAUGGAAGCCUUCUUGACUUUUUGCGCCAAGUAUCGAUAUUUGGCCUGUCACUUGUGAGACUUGAUAUCAGGCAAGAAUCUGACAGGCACACUGAUGUUAUUGAUGCUAUCACCAAGCAUCUAGAAAUUGGAUCAUACCGUGAGUGGUCAGAAGAAAAACGCCAGGAAUGGCUGUUGUCUGAACUUAAUGGAAAGCGUCCGUUGUUUGGUCCUGACCUUCCUAAAACUGAGGAAAUAGCUGAUGUUUUAGAUACAUUCCACGUAAUUGCAGAACUUCCUUCAGACAAUUUUGGGGCAUAUAUCAUCUCGAUGGCAACUGCUCCAUCAGAUGUCCUGGCUGUUGAGCUGCUGCAGCGUGAGUGCCAUGUGAAGAAACCUCUGAGAGUUGUCCCUCUAUUUGAGAAACUUGCGGAUCUUGAGGCAGCCCCUGCUGCUUUAGCCCGGCUAUUUUCAAUAGACUGGUACAGGAACCGGAUUAAUGGUAAACAGGAAGUCAUGAUUGGAUAUUCAGAUUCAGGGAAAGAUGCUGGGCGCCUUUCUGCAGCUUGGCAGUUAUACAAAGCUCAGGAAGAGCUUAUAAAGGUUGCCAAGCAAUAUGGAGUGAAAUUGACAAUGUUCCAUGGGCGAGGAGGGACUGUUGGAAGAGGAGGUGGUCCAACUCAUCUUGCUAUAUUAUCUCAGCCACCAGACACAAUCCAUGGAUCACUCCGAGUCACGGUUCAAGGUGAAGUUAUUGAGCAGUCAUUUGGAGAGGAGCAUUUGUGCUUCAGAACACUCCAACGAUUCACAGCUGCUACUCUUGAACAUGGAAUGCAUCCCCCUAUUUCUCCAAAGCCAGAAUGGCGUGCACUGAUGGAUGAGAUGGCUGUUGUAGCCACAAGGGAAUACCGAUCAAUUGUAUUCGAAGAACCACGUUUCGUUGAAUAUUUCCGCCUGGCAACUCCGGAGCUUGAGUAUGGUAGGAUGAACAUUGGCAGUAGGCCAUCAAAACGAAAGCCUAGUGGGGGCAUAGAAUCACUACGUGCAAUCCCAUGGAUCUUUGCAUGGACACAGACACGUUUUCAUCUUCCAGUAUGGCUUGGCUUUGGUGCAGCAUUUAAGCAUGUCAUGGAAAAAGAUAUCAAGAAUCUUCACAUGCUUCAGGUGAUGUACAACGAGUGGCCAUUUUUCAGGGUCACUAUUGACUUGGUUGAGAUGGUUUUCGCCAAGGGAAAUCCUGGCAUAGCUGCUUUAUAUGACAAAUUGCUUGUGUCAGAAGAAUUAUGGCCAUUUGGUGACCGACUAAGAGCCAACUACGAAGAAACAAAGCAACUUCUUCUUCAGGUUGCUGGUCACAAAGGUCUCCUCGAAGGGGAUCCAUACUUGAAACAGAGAAUACGCCUGCGUGAUGCAUAUAUCACAACUCUGAAUGUUUGCCAAGCUUAUACCCUGAAGCAGAUUAGAGACCCCAGUUACCAUGUGAAGGUGAGACCGCAUCUGUCAAAGGAGAUAAUGGAGUCUAGCAAGCCAGCUGCAGAAUUGGUGAAGUUAAACCCCACAAGCGAGUAUGCCCCUGGGCUGGAGGAUACCCUCAUUCUGACCAUGAAGGGUAUAGCUGCUGGCAUGCAGAACACUGGCUAAAUUGGUUGAUUAUGUUCCGGAAGAAUGUUUUUUUUUUCCAAACAUUCCAAACAUAUAUGUGUGUGUGUUUUACGUUUUGAGAUAGACAUGUUGCCCUGGAAGUUUUGCAUCUAUUCUGGAAUGGGCAACAAACUCUUUUGGCUUUGGAGUGCUAUUAUGAAUAAUGAGAAUGAAAUCAUGCAAAGAAAGUUGGAGGCUAAA